AUGCCCGCCACCAUGGAUUCCACCGCGGCGCCGCCCAAGUCCACCCCGAAGGUGUCCUCUCCCGCCCUGGCGCCCAAGGCCGCCGCCACCCCUCAGGUCACCGAGUUGCCGCCCGCUGCCUCGCCCCCGCUCCCCGCCCCUGCCCGCCUGCCCACGAAGCCCGCCGAGGUCCCUGCGCCUAGGCUGUCCAAGUCAACCUCCAAGAACAAGAAGAAGUCCAAGGCACCUGCUCCCGCCCCCGUCGCUGAGGCACCCGCCAGCACCAAGAAAUCCAAGGCUAAGGCACCUGCGGCCAGCGAAGCUGACGCACCCGGUCCGGUCGGCGACGGCGCUGCCGUGGACACCACGCUCAUGGAUGGUUUCGUGUAA